AUGGGGGGGCUGCAGCGGCAAUCGCAGAGGCUCAGCAGCUGCACCAGAAAUGAAGGAGCAGCGCCUGGUACUGCAACAGCAGCUGCAGCUGCCGCAGCAGCAGCAGCAGCAGAGGCAGCAGCAACAGCAGCAGCAGCAGCAGUAGAAGCAGCAGCAGCAGUAGCAGCAGCAGCAGUAGUAGCAGCAGCAGCAGCAGCAGACGCGCUUGCGGAGGAGAUUUCGAAGACAGUAAACAAAGAGACGAAAAGAGCAGCAAAGGGGGAAGAAGAGCAGCAGCAAAAGGGAGCAGCAGCAGCAGCAACAGGGAAGAAGAGCAGCAGCAAAAGGGACCAGCAGCAGCAGCAACAGGGAAGAAGAGCAGCAGCAAAAGCGACCCAAAGCAGCAGCAAAAGGGAAGAAGAACAGCAGCAAAGGGGGCCAACUGCAGCAGCAGAGGGGGAAAAGAAGCAGCAGCAAGAGGGCAGAAGAGCAGCAGCAAAAGAGGAAGAGGAGCAGCAGCAAAAGGGAAGAAGAGCAGCAGCAAAAGGGACCCAAAGCAGCAGCAAAAGGGGAAAAAAAGCAGCAGCAGCAAAAGGGAACAAGAGGAGCAGCAAAAGGGAAGAAGAGCAGCAACAAAAGGGAAAAAGAGCAGCAGCAAAGGGGACCCAGAGCAGCAGCAAAAGGGAAAUAAGAGCAGCAGCAAAGGGAAGAAGAGCAGCAACAAAGGGGCGAAGAGCAGCAGCAGCAGCAGCAGCAAAGCAGCAGCACCUCGCGAAUGGGCAAAUAACGGUGCGGAGUCCCCAGCUGCAGCAGCAGCAGCAGCAGCAGCAGCAGCAGCAGCAGCAGCAGCAGCAGCAGCAGCAGCGGUGGCGGCAGAGGCAGAGGCACAGAAGCCGCAGCGGCAGCGGCAGCAGCAGAGAAGCAGCAGCAGCAGCAGCAGCAGCAGACGACACACAGUAG